AUGGAAAGUAUAUUGUCAAUACAAGAUGAAGUCUAUCCAUUAAGAUGCCGACGCCGAAAAUCAUCAGUAUUUCUAAUGAAUGCAACUACUAUGAAGAACAAUGCCACGAAUAAACUAGAUUCGCCGCCGAGCUUCUAUCAAUAUGUGAGAACACUGCUAGUUCGACGGUUCGUUUACGUUCUUGGUGUGUUCAAUCUUUUUCUUGCUGCAAUUGCAAUCGUUUGUGUUACACAAGCUGAAGUUCAUCCGGAAUAUUUUUCACUCGUUUACAUCGCGAUUUGUAUUUUCAUAUUUUACAUGGGUACGAUCAUUUUCAUCAUUGUGUUACAAAUCAUUGAAACUUAUCGUGAACAAUAUGAGAAAACACAUUCGUCAGCAUCAGUAGAAAUGUCUCUCUUGCCACCACCAAUAAACAUUCAAUCAAAUCCAAUACUUAUACAAAAACUACCGAAAACGCCGGAUACUCACACGCGUUUAUUGCGUAGUCAAACAUUGCCUUCGACAUUGAAUACUAAACCACCAUUAUCAACAAUUCCGUCAUUGUCAUCAACGUUCAAAGCGUUCGAAGAAACACCAUCCAUCCGUUUAGACUUAUUGUCUAGAUAUCAGCAAACUCUACCGAAAAGUUACCAUUCAUUCGGAUCAACCGCUACUGAUCAAUUCUAUCCGACAUUUCGUAGUCUAACUAAUAUUCUACGGGCGAUAGUGAUUCUCAUCGAUCAAGAGUGA